CGCCGCGCUCCUCAUCUGCCCCGCGCCGAGCGCUGCCGCCGCCGCCGCCGCCGCCGCUCCGCUGCCCGCGCCGCCCGCGGCUCCCGAUGGAGACUGACGCGCCCCAGCCCGGCCUCGCCUCCCCGGACUCGCCGCACGACCCCUGCAAGAUGUUCAUCGGGGGACUCAGUUGGCAGACUACGCAGGAAGGGCUGCGCGAAUACUUCGGCCAGUUCGGGGAGGUGAAGGAGUGUCUGGUGAUGCGGGACCCUCUGACCAAGAGAUCCAGGGGUUUCGGCUUCGUCACUUUCAUGGACCAGGCGGGGGUGGAUAAAGUGCUGGCGCAGUCGCGGCACGAGCUCGACUCCAAAACAAUUGAUCCCAAGGUGGCCUUUCCUCGGCGAGCACAGCCUAAGAUGGUGACUCGAACGAAGAAGAUCUUUGUGGGGGGGCUAUCAGUGAACACCACGGUGGAGGACGUGAAGCAGUAUUUUGAGCAGUUUGGGAAGGUGGACGAUGCCAUGUUGAUGUUUGACAAAACCACCAACCGGCACCGAGGGUUCGGGUUUGUCACGUUCGAGAGUGAGGACAUCGUGGAGAAAGUGUGUGAAAUACACUUCCAUGAAAUCAACAACAAAAUGGUGGAAUGUAAGAAAGCUCAGCCAAAAGAGGUGAUGUCGCCGACGGGCUCAGCCCGGGGGAGGUCUCGAGUCAUGCCCUAUGGGAUGGACGCCUUCAUGCUGGGCAUUGGCAUGCUGGGUUACCCCGGUUUCCAGGCCACAACCUAUGCCAGCCGGAGUUAUACAGGCCUUGCCCCUGGCUACACCUACCAAUUCCCUGAAUUCCGUGUAGAGCGGACCCCUCUCCCGAGCGCCCCAGUCCUCCCCGAGCUUACAGCCAUUCCCCUCACUGCCUACGGACCAAUGGCGGCGGCGGCUGCGGCGGCGGCUGUGGUUCGAGGGACAGGCUCUCACCCCUGGACGAUGGCUCCCCCUCCAGGUUCAACUCCCAGCCGCACAGGGGGCUUCCUGGGGACCACAAGCCCCGGCCCCAUGGCCGAGCUCUAUGGGGCAGCCAACCAGGACUCGGGGGUCAGCAGUUACAUCAGCGCUGCCAGCCCCGCCCCCAGCACCGGCUUCGGCCACAGUCUUGGGGGCCCUUUGAUUGCCACAGCUUUCACCAAUGGGUACCACUGAAGCAGGAAUCAGGUGGCAGGAGCGCCCCAGCCUGCAGCUGACUGAGGACCACAGUGAGCCAGCGAGGGGGCGGGGACACCUCAGCCGCAGCCGCCGCCCCUUCCCCCGCAGCGACUCGGACCGCUACUGCCUGCCCCCAACUCCCCGGGCCCGGCCCCUGCCCUGCUGCCCCCGGACAGCGUCUGGCUCCCCUACUAACCUCCCUCUCUUCCGCCCUUGGCUCCCCUCCCCCACCUGCCCCUCCCCUCCCGCUUUUAUUUAUUUUGGAUUAGCCGGUUGGCCCCCACCCCCCUGGUUCUCCCCUCUCAGGUCUGCACCCCUCCCUCCCUGCCGCACCCCCAUAGGACCCUCCCCCCCCCAGAAGGCUUUUGUAUUUGUGCAUAGCUAGAGUGAGGGCGGAGGGGGUCUGCUACAGGCCGCAAGCCCUAUGCUUGUUUUUUAUUCUGAUUUCCCCUCCUUUUCUCUUUCUUUUUUUCUUUUUUUUUUUUUUUUAAGAAACCGUUUUUUAAACUAUUUCUAGGUUUGUGAAUGUGAAGCCCCAGGCCGCAGGGGGCAAGGGGCCAGGUGCCCCCCCACCAGCUGAGAACAAAAUGUCUAUGUGGGUGUGGGCCCCUGGCCACCUCCCUCCAGCCCUGGAAAGGACAGGGUUGCAGCCAGGCCAAGCCCCUGGAACCAUCCCGUCCUGUAUCAUAUGUAAAUACUGUGAGGUGAAGCCCCUACCCCUCUGUAAGACCCCUUAGGGGUGAGGGCAUCGCCUCACCCCACCUGGCAAAGGUGUCCCCCUGUGUUUCUGUCUCCUCCUCAGACACCGUUACUGUAAGCUUGCAGGCCUCAACUGUGGCCAAGGCAAGCCCGCUCGCUCAGGCCCUAGGGGUCAAGGCCUUGGGCCUGCUCACCCCAAAAACCCAGCAUGGGGCCAAAGGGUGAGGAAAGAGAAGGGCUCGCCCGGAGCCACUGCUGGAAAGGAAUUAACUCUCCAAAGGUCUCCCCCUGCCCCCUACCUAGGUCAGGCCUUCAUGGUUUCUGCUCUGAGCCCCCCAUGAGCGGGCAUCAAGGGGGUACUUUGGGAAGGGGUGGACCCCAGGGGAAAGCAAAGGGCUUCUCAGGGAACCCCCACAUUCUCUCACUGAAGUUUCCCACCAGGAUGGUCCCAUGGCAGAGCCCCUUGGCAGCCCCGAGCCCCCAAGCCCCCUUCAAAGGAAAAAGAGGCUCAGGGUCUGACUCUUCAUGAACAGUGAGUGACCUGGCUGGCAUGGCAGGGCUGAGGCCCACCCACCUGCUGUUGUCCCCCUCUCUGUGUCCCUCUCCCCCAGGUCUGAGGCUGGGGACCUAAGCUCUCUCCCCCAUCAUAGUUCCCAUCCCUGAAAACCCCCUUUGGAGAGUUAAUUGUCUGUGUGAGGUGCUUAACCUAUUAGCCCUGAGAACACAAAGCAAUAAUCUUUGUUACUGAGAUGCGCGGCUGUUCGUGGUUUUGUUUUGUUUUCUUGUUUUUUUUUUUUUUUAAUGUUUCCUAAUAAAAGAGAAGCUGCAUUUUAUUGGUUUUUAUUUUUAAUUUUCUACACGUUUGAGCUGAGUCAUGAGAGACUCAGCUUCCUUCUCCUCCCCUUCUCGUGACCCCCGUCCCACCCCCACUGGGCCCACCCAUGGGCUCAGGGCCCUGGAAUUCCGUUUUCUGAUUUGUUUGGGGAAUUUUUUAAAAAGAUGUUACACGGUGUUUUGAAGCCAGCAAGUUACCACCCUCCGGUGUCUCUUCUCUCCACAUCUGUAACUUCUUUUUCCAGGUUUUAUUUUCAGUUUUAAAUUCCUAAUAAAUUAUUUGAAAACGGUGCUGGCUUUGUGAGUUUUUUCCAUCUCUGUGUACAUUCAGGUCUAGGUACCCCAAUGACACCCUGUUUUCUCCUACCUUCUGUUCGUCUCCUGAAAGUCUGCACUUUCCAUUUGACCAAGUUUCAUUUACAACCUCUUGACCAGCCUCAAAGCUUAGCGUUGAUGAUGAGAUACCACUUCACACCCAUGAGGAUGGCCAAUAUUUUUAAAAAGGGGGCGGGGGGGCAGGGGCGCCUGGGUGGCUCAGUCGGUUAAGCGACUGCCUUCGGCUCAGGUCAUGAUCCUGGAGUCCCUGGAUCGAGUCCCACAUCGGGCUCCCUGCUCGGCAGGGAGUCUGCUUUGCCCUCUGACCCUAUCCCCUCUCAUGUGUUCUCUCUCAUUCUCUCUCUCUCAAAUAAGUAAAUAAAAUCUUUAAAAAAAAAAAGAAAAGAAAAAAAGGGGGGCAGGGAGAUAACAAGUGUUGGUGAGGAUGUGGAGAUAUUGGAAACCCCAUGCAUUGCUGGUGGGAAGGUAAAAUGGUGCAUCUACAAUGAGAAACAGUCCGGUGGUUCCUCAAAAAGCUCAACAUUGAAUUACCAUAUGAUCCAACAAUUCCACUUUUAGGUAUAUACUCCAAGGAAUCGAAAACAGGGACUCAGACACUUACACACCAAUGUUCAUAACAGCAUUACCCAUCAUAGCCAAAAGGUGGACAAAAUCCAAGUAUCCAUCAACAGUUGAAUGGAUAAACAAAAAUGUGCUUUAGCCAUACAGCGGAAUAUUAUUCAGUCAUAAAAAGGAGUGAAGUGCUCAUACGUGCUGCAACAUGGAUGAGCCUUAAAGACAUUAUACUAAAUGAGGGGCACCUGGCUGGCUAAGUAGGAGGAGCAUGGGACUCUUAAUCUCAGGGUCGUAGGUUCGAGCCCCACAUUGGGUGUACAGGUUACUUAAAAAUAAAAUAUACUUUAAAAAAGACAUUAUAUUAAAUGAAAGAAGCCAGACACAAAAGGACAAAUACUGUGUGAUUCCACUUACAUGAGGUACCUAGAAUGGGCAAUUCACUGGGACAGAAUGUAGAACAGAGGGUACCAGGAGUUGGGGAGGAUGGAAUCGGUAAUUAUUUCUGAGCAGUGACAGAGUUUUUCUUUGGAGUAAUAAGAAAAAUUUGGAAAUAAAUAGGGUAAUGGUUGCACAACAUUGUGAAUAUAAUUAACGCCACUGAACUGUACACUCAAAAUGGUAAAAAUAGUAAAUUUCGUUAUGUAUAUUCUACCACAAUUAAAAAAAAAACUGGGGUGCCUGGCUGGCUCAAUCGGAAGAGCCUGUGACUCUUGAUCUCAGGGUUGUGGGUUCGAGCCCCACGUUGGGUGUAAAGAUUGUUUAAAAAAAACGGGCGCCUGGGUGGCUCAGUCAGUUAAGCGUACUCCUGAUUUUGGCUCAGGUCAUGAUCUCAGGGUCAUAAAAUUGAGCUCUGCGACAGGCUCUGUGCUGAGCGUGGAGCCUG